AGUUGUCUUGCUACAGAAAUUAGAUGUUUUAGCUAGAUAGCAACGCAAGAGGUUGAGUUUUUUUAGAGCAUGUCCGGCACGUUUUUCAUUUUAAGAAAAACUGUGCGACCGACACGACACCACAGUGGCUACCGAUGAGUCGAUGACACGUCAGCUUAUUACAAGCUGAGAGGUGAGAGCAGCUACCUACCACUGAGAAGACGAUAGCUAGGCCGAUAAUACAUGAUGGAACUACAGUAGGUUAACUCGAUAUUCCUAUACUAGGUUACUAGGUUAAAAAAUCAUUAACCAAUUUAACUUUUCCUUUCUGAACUAGUAACUCAAGACCACCCUUUCGGCCUUUCCACGAAAAGUCCUCUCUUCGGGGCUAAUGAGAUGGGGUAACUCGGUCAAAAUUGAAGACGCUUACGCACCAACGGUGUUAAAAUAUUGGCAAUCAUUGCUCGCCGAGGCCCGGUGUUAAAAUAUUAACCAACGGUGAAUGAUUGGAUGAUUGGAUCAGACACCGCCCGAGGUGGCAACAUCUGAGCCAGAACAGCUCAGCUGGUCUGCCAAUUCCGCCAACCGCCAAUUCCCACCGCUCCGUCGCGGCGGCCGCCGCCGAAGCGGGUGACGUGACGAAUCCGUCCGGCUCCGGCCGCCCCCACCCCCCGCCCGCGAAACGGCGACGGGUCGAGGAGGACGCCGAGGUGGCCCCAGUCGGUCGAUGGUUCGCCGCCGGCUCCGGGGCACAUGGACUCCUCCGGCUCCUCGAACGAUCUCGCGUCGAAGAGCUCUCUGACGCUGGGGGAGCUAGCGUGCGCGGUGCUGCUCCCCGUGCUCGCCGUGCUCGACGCGGCCCUGCUCGCGGCCUCGAGGUGCUUCGAGAAGAGCCCGCCCAGGCUGCUUCCCGCUCUCGACGCAGGCGCGCGCCUCCGAGCUGGCGGGCGCCUCACCUUCCGUGAGCUCGCCGAGCUCGCCGACGAGUCCCGCUGCUUCUCGGUGAACGAGGUGGAGGCGCUGUACGAGCUGUACAAGAAGAUCAGCUGCUCCAUCAUCAACGACGGCCUGAUCCAUAAGGAGGAGCUGCAAUUGGCAUUGUUCAAGGUGCCGUCUGGGAAAAAUCUUUUCCUAGAUAGAGUUUUUGAUCUUUUUGAUCAAAAGAAAAAUUCUGUUAUUGAAUUUGGAGAGUUUGUCCAUGCAAUAAGUGUGUUUCACCCAAAUGCUCCUCUUGAAGAUAAAAUUGAUUUUUCAUUCAGAUUGUAUGACUUGAGGCAAACUGGUUUCAUUGAGCGUGAAGAGGUCAAACAGAUGGUCAUUGCUACCUUGAUGGAGUCACAGGUGGAGCUGACUGACGAACUUGUGGAAGUGAUACUAGACAGGACUUUCGAGGAAGCUGAUACUGAUAAGGACAACAGGAUUAGCAGAGUGGAGUGGAAAGCUUUUGUGUUGCGGCACCCUUCUGCUAUAAAGAAGAUGACACUGCUACACCUGAAGGACACCACAGCGGCAUUCCCCAGCUUCGUUUUCAAUACACAAGUUGAAGACUAGGGGUGAUACACAGUUGAUUGUGCGGUAUUAUUGUGGCAGCUAAGUCAGAACAGAGAUGGAGAUGAGCAGUCGACGAAGAAAAAGAAACGGGAGCUCUGGAGUGCAAAGAUUGGUGGAUAUCGGAUAGCACCAAAACCCGGUGUUCCUGCUGACCUGUCCCCGUCUCCAGUCGAGUAGAUCGGUGCGCAAGCAAGCUGCUGCUGGAGGAGUCAGCUUCCGUGCUCGCGGUUUGAUAAGGGGCAUGCGUAUCACAUUUUUUUUUCAUUCCAUCGCUAUCGGCAUUGUUGUGAAUUGUGAAAAUCUGACAGCGGCUGCUUCUAGAGGCAUUCCAUUCAUUGGAUUAGGGUACAUACCUACCGUAGUUCUUUUAUCUCAACUUUGGCAGUCCCAAAUUGUUCAAGUGUUUCAGUAUUUUAUCAAGGCAAGCAGUAGCAGUAGUAGUUCCAAUAUGGUAUCUUCAAUGUAAGUUGUUGCUCCAAUAUUGGUAUCUUUAAAUGUACUCUUUUUCUAGAA